AUGCAAGGGGAAAAUUCAACGAUGAGUGCAAGUGGAGUGGGAAUUCUUCAUUUUGAUGACGUUCGCAUCGCUGUUUCUGCCCUUCUACUUCCAUCACGAAUUGUGGAUGGAGGGGUUUUGAUAACGGAGGACGCGGAUACUUCGACGUCUCUUCAGGCAUUAACGUUGCAAAUGCGUUUGGCAACCGCUGCACUCUACGCUGGUGCACUGAAGAGGUUCUUGACAAAUGUUGUUUUUUUCAUUGCACAAAAAGAUGUUGUGGGACCGGAUGGGAGAAGGGAUUACCCUUUUUUUGGUGUGCAACAUGUACAAACACCACUUGUGAAAAUUAUUGCGAAAUCCUACGUGUAUUUAGCAGAUUGGCGCCGUAUACUUUCAGUGUUCUCGAAGUCAACGGAGAGGCGCCCAACCUAUGAGGAUGAGACGAGGCUGGCCGGGACCAUCCACUUCUUGCAAGAAACUCUUCUUGAGCUGCAUCGGUUUGUGGAUGAAUUUAUGGGGGUCCACGCAUCACUGGGGAGCACGGGCAAUAGUGACGCGAUUGUGAUGGCACACCUGCGUCAAGAAGGAGCAGAUCAGUCAUCGCUGAUCCGUGAGGUUGCGUUCAGGUCAGUCACAAAGAAUAUAGGAACCAGCCAUUGGGGUUGGUGGCUUAGCAGUUUGCUGCAGCCUUUUGCGGCGUUGGAUAGAUUUGUUAAAAAUCCCUUUUAUUCUCCCCGAAUUGCUGACCUGGGCAGGCAUUUGAUUUUUUUUAGUCACAAACACUAUGCUGCGAAAAAGCGACUGCGGCAUUCACGGGAGAUUGAGCGUCGAAAAGGGGGCGCGGAACAUCAGUGGUACGACUGGGUGAUGUUUCGUCAUCAACAAGUGCUACAUUGUGGUGAGGCCUACAUGGAGAUGUUUUCCAUGGAGGUGAUGAUGGCCGAGACACAAGCGUGUACCGACCCGCGGGCGAGAAAGAUUUUUCGAGACAUUGGGUGGAUUUAUGCUCUGGCUCGUCAACAAGACCGUUUGGAUUACAUCCUGACGCAGCAGAUGAUAAGCCCGGGAAAAUCCAAUGUUUUAGAGUCCCACCUGGAUAACCUUGUCACCGUUCUGGCUCCCCAGUGCGUCAACCUUGUGGAUGCGUUCCAGGUUCCCGAUGCGUUUCGUUCCCCGUGCGCGGCUAAAACUUUGGAGUCGUACUGGACUAUUCCAGGGACAAACACGGGGAUUCAGCGCGGUGAUAGAGUGACACUCUUUCACGACAAAAAGUCCACUGGUGACGCCAAAGAGGAACAGGAGAAUAUGCAAGAAUCGGAAGAAGAAUGGGAUCUGUUCCAUGGACUCGCAGAGUUGCCCUCCUUUGCUCAGAAAAAGUGA